ACCGGGGCCAAGCUGCUCGUCGGUGAAUGGGCGUUUGGUCACAUGACACGCGUCGAGGAGACGUAAUGUGGCACGACUCAGCGUGCACGCUGCAGGAACACUCCUGUCCUGGGUCCUUCUCGGCGUGCAACUCGCAUCGCUCAUGUAUACUGGCCCACUUGCUCAUUCUUCAUGAUGGACGACACCCAUGUGUCUCCCUACAUGCCUCUCCGCGGCGAAGGCUAUUGCGCUAUGCGCGGAUCCUGUGGGUCUAAGGAUUGGUUCGGGAAACCUCUCCCAUGUCCCUACGAUGGUUCAGCGUCCAAGGACGAUGUGGACCGUGACCUUCUUGUGUCGCUCUGCGGUGCAGAGUUUGCAGAAGGACCUGCUUGCUGUACGACGGAUCAGUUGGAGACCAUGCGUGACAACCUCGGAGUAGCAGAGAACAUUAUUUCGUCUUGCCCUGCGUGUCGCAACAACUUCCGCAAUUUCUGGUGCAGCUUCACAUGCUCGCCGAACCAGGCUACGUUUCUGAAUGUCACCUCCACUCAGCGAUCUCGCACAGGCCAAGAGGCUGUCGAGUCAGUAGACUUCUUCGUUUCGGAAGACUUCGGUCGCGGUUUCUUCAACAGCUGCAAGGACAUCAAAAUGGGCAGCACGAAUGGAUAUGCAAUGGACCUCAUUGGGGGAGGUGCGAAGAACUAUAGCGCCUUCCUGAAGUUUAUGGGUGACGUGAAGGAUAUGGGCAGUCCAUUCCAGAUCAACUAUCCUUCAUCACCUGUAGGAGACAUGGGGUCAUUGGACGCGAUACCACGUAAUUGUGCCGACAAUGAUCUGGAAAGUCGAUGCACAUGCAUUGAUUGUCCUGAUGUAUGUCAGGCCCUUCCAUCCAUACCUGCACCAGGGUCAGAGCCAACAUGUCAUGUUGGCUUGAUCUCAUGCCUGACAUUCGCUUUGGUUGUCCUCUACUCGUUGGCAGUGGUCUCGUUCCUGCUUGGGUAUGCUUGGCAAUUCGGCAUUCAAAAGCGGAAGUCAUACGAACGCAUGGCACUCUCAGCGGAUGCUGCGUCAGAAUAUAUCGUUUCUCCGCGCGCACAUACACGCGGUCUCGUAGGCGCAUCAUCACUUGGACAGAAUCUCGACGGGGAAGAGUCGACGGGUACCCAAACCGACUCGCGCAACCUCGGCCGCGGAGCAUCAUUACUGGACCCCCUUGAAACAGUACAGCCACGGCAAUAUCGAUUGAACAACGUGCUCCGUCGCGCAUUCUACCGCCUUGGCCUGUUCACGGCUUCCAAUCCUUCAUUGACGUUUGCACUCGUUUUCGCUGUAGUAGGGCUGCUUAACCUAGGAUGGAAGUAUUUUGAGGUCGAGACAGACCCUGUCAGGUUAUGGGUCGCCCCAAAUUCAGAAAGCAAAUUGCAGAAGGAAUACUUUGACGAGCAUUUUGGACCUUUCUACCGCACGGAACAGAUCUUCGUCACAUCGUCAGCAUCAUCGUUCGAUCUCGCACCGACUGCGGAGACCUCCUUAGGCAAGGGCAAGCCAUCAGUACUCUCAUGGAGACAUUUGAAGUACUGGUCUGACGUCGAGGCAGGCAUCCGUGCGCUUAGCUCCUGGCCGAAUGGCUAUACUCUCGAAGAUGUAUGCUUCAAACCUGCAGGACCCGAUGGUCAUUGCGUAGUGCAGUCAGUUCUUGCAUGGUUCGGGAACGACCUGGACGCGUACGACCCAGACACGUGGUCAUCUCAUCUUCUUGAAUGCGCCAAUUCUCCCGUGGAAUGUUUACCUGACUUCCAGCAACCUCUUGCGCCUCAAUACGUGCUCGGCGGAGUACCUGGACAAGACGAAUCAAAGGAGUACCUGGAUGCAGAGGCGCUUGUCAUCACUUACGUCGUGUCCGACUCACUAAAUCCAGAAGUACAGGCGCGCGCUAUGGAGUGGGAGAGGACGCUACGAGACUAUCUGCAAGUUCUCAGUAAACGAGCUCCCGUCGAGGCAGGGCUUGAGAUUGCGUGGUCCACCGGCGUCUCACUCGAAGAGGAGAUCAACAAGAGCACGAACACGGACAUCAAGAUUGUCGUCCUGUCAUAUCUUGCCAUGUUCUUCUAUGUAUCUUUCACCCUGGGACAUGGUUCUUCCAUGCGUCCCGAAGAGGGCGUCUGGGCCUCGUUUACGGAAUGGUUAGGCAAUCUGUCGAGGUUUUUCAAGCGAGAACAGGUGUCCCUCUCGUCCUUGUCAAUCGACUCACGCAAUACCCCGCGUCUCUUUCCCCGGCUGCCACGCAGCUUAUUUAUCGAUUCAAAGUUCACGUUGGGUUUGUUUGGGAUUUUCCUCGUCCUGUUAUCCAUUUCUACCUCGGUCGGAUUUUUCUCUUGGGUAGGCGUGAAAGUUACGCUCAUCAUUGCCGAGGUUAUACCAUUCCUGGUGCUUGCAGUCGGCGUCGACAAUGUCUUCAUUCUUGUUCACGAGCUGGACCGUCAGAACAUACUUCACGGACCUAAUGCCGCCAACACGACGCAAGAUAUUGCAUCCCCCAUGUCGCCGACACAAUCGCGGAGUCGUUCGCAGUUUGAUUCGAUGCACUCUCACGAGGACUCGAUUGACGCGGUCUCGACCCCAUUAUAUCUGUCUGCGGAGGAGCGUGUUGCACGUGCAUUGGCCAAGAUGGGCCCAUCCAUCCUACUGAGUUCUGUAACGGAAACAGUAGCGUUCGCGUUAGGCGCACUGGUCCCAAUGCCUGCGGUACGCAACUUCGCGCUGUAUGCUGCUGGAAGUGUUCUGUUGAACGCUAGCCUGCAAAUUACGGUGUUUGUUAGCGCACUCGUCAUCGAUCUGAAACGCGUUGAGUCGAGUCGUGUCGACUGCUUCCCUUGUAUUCGAUUGCCUUCUCGCAUCGCUCUUCCCGAUGAGCAUGUCAACGGCAGCGGUCUGGGCAGGAUCGGUCGGUUCAUACGUCGGUAUUACGCUCCAUUCCUCCUGCGGCCUGUCGUCAAAGGCGCCGUCUUGCUGACAUUCAUGGGCAUUCUUUUCGCGUCCAUUAUUUCCAUGCAACAUAUUGGGCUGGGCUUCGAUCAGCGUCUGGCACUACCAUCAGAGUCCUACCUGAUCCCAUAUUUCGACAACCUGGAUGCUUAUCUGGACAUUGGACCACCUGUUUACUUUGUUGUUCACGACGUAGACGUGGAAUAUCGGCCAGGACAGCAGGAACUCUGCGGUCGCUUCACCACGUGCAAGGAUCAUUCAGUUGCCAGCAUCCUAGAAGCCGAGCGCCAACGGAAAGAGGUUUCAUUUAUCGCAGAGCCUGCCGCUUCAUGGAUAGACGAUUUCUUCAACUGGCUCGACCCUGCGCAUGAGAAGUGCUGUCGCGUUCGGAAACGCAACCCCGAUAUCUUCUGCAGUGAUAGAGAUUCCCCCAGAUUAUGCCAGAUGUGCUAUGAAGACCAUGAUCCAGCGUGGAACAUCACGAUGACUGGCUUGCCCCAGGGUGAAGAGUUCAUGCGGUACCUGAACCAGUGGCUCAUCUCACCGACUACGGAGGACUGCUCCCUUGCAGGAAAGGCAUCGUUUGGCGCGGCGUUGUCACUUUCUCCCGAUCGCGACGAAGUCAUCGCGUCCCAUUUCCGCACGUUCCAUACACCAUUGAAGUCCCAGGCCGACUUCAUCAACUCCUUCUCGGCAGCUCAUCGUAUAGCCGACGAUUUGUCCAAGGAGAGUGGGAUGACGGUCUUCCCGUACUCGCUGCACUACGUCUUCUUCGACCAGUAUGCGCACAUCGUUGCCAUCACGGAGCAAAUCCUCGGUCUUGGUCUGGCAGCUGUGUUGCUGGUCACUGCGCUGUUGCUUGGCUCAUGGAGAACAGGAACGAUCGUGACAGGUGUUGUGGCCCUCACAGUGACCAGUGUCAUGGGCAUCAUGGGUGUGUGGGGCAUCAUGCUGAACGCGAUCAGCCUCGUCAACCUGGUCAUAUCUCUCGGCAUCGCAGUCGAGUUCUGUGCACAUGUGGCGCGCGCAUUCAUGAGCUCGGGCUCGGGCCUGCCAGUAGACCAUCCUGCGGGACAGAAGGAACGCAAUGAGCGGAUGUAUACGGCACUGAUCGAUGUUGGCCCAUCGGUUCUGUCCGGUAUCACUUUCACCAAGCUCAUUGGCAUGUGCGUUUUGGCUCUCACCCGAUCACGAUUCCUGGAGAUCUACUACUUCCGCAUGUGGAUCACGUUGAUUAUCUCUGGCGCCUUGCACGGAUUGGUGCUGCUCCCCGUCAUCCUCAGCAUAGCUGGAGGGCCUGGAUUUCCUCUCCAGGAAGCUGAUGAAGAGUGGAUGUCUCAUGCAAUCAGACAUGAUUACGAGUAUACGUGAGUGUUCCUAUCUUCUCUAUCUGCUAAAGGUACCUGAGCCUUUUUACAGGCCAUUCCUUGCUGAUGAUGACUCAAUGACCAGCGAUUGAAGGAAAUACCCCCUUCGCGCAGAUUGUACAG